GGCAACCGAGGUGGAGGUUCGUAAGGCCAUACGUUGAGUCCUGGCCUUAUCAAAUCUCUGCUCGUCUCUCUUUUCUUCCUCACCGGCGCUAACACCGCCACGCUAAUUCCUAUAUCCGCACCUCCCCCACCGCUUAUCGUCCUUUCAUUCUCAACUCCCAUUCUACCCAAAAAACCUCCUUCCUCGUUUCUCAUUUCCCAUCUCACUAAACCAACUUCCUCUUCUGAACUCCAGUCUCAGUAGUGUCCAAACAAAGCUUUUAGCAGGGGGAAGGAGAAUUUAUUUGCUUAGUGAACCAAAUUCGUCAUAUUUAACAGGAAAGUUAGAACAUCUUUCUGUCGCCUCAAAUACAGCCAUGACUUCCAUUUUAGGUGUCUCGUCUCUUUACCAAAUCCCGUUGCUAGAACCUUCCAGAAGGGCGUUAUCUUCCGUCUCCCUACCUUCUUCCGACAAGCUCAACCAGUUCGGGUUCCUAAAGUCUGCUUCCAGUAACCCCAUUGAAGCUACUUCUUUUUAUCUGAGAACUCGGACGCUUAUGGUCGUUCCUUCUGCCAUCUUCACGCCAAACUCGGUUUUGAGCGAGGAGGCCUUUAAAGGCAUCAGCAGCGGAUUGUCAAAAAGGUCUAUCGAGGAAAAGGAUAACGACGUCAAGUAUGACUCCGAAACAGAUGGGUCGGGGGCUGAGGAAGGCGCUGAAGGCGAUCUUGCCAUCGCCAAUUUGGACUUACCGCAGCAGCUUGUUGAUUCGCUUGCGAAACGAGGGAUUACACACCUUUUUCCCAUCCAAAGGGCCGUGUUGCUACCAGCCUUGGAAGGUCGUGAUCUCAUUGCCCGUGCAAAGACUGGGACUGGGAAGACACUGGCAUUCGGAAUUCCAAUAAUUAAACGCAUUACAGUUGAUGAUGAGGGUCGUAGUCUUUCAAGGCGGUCGGGUUGUCUACCUAGAGUUCUGGUCUUAGCACCAACAAGGGAGUUGGCCAAGCAAGUGGAAAAGGAAAUCAAGGAAUCAGCACCUUAUCUGAACACUGUCUGUGUAUAUGGUGGAGUUUCUUAUAACAGUCAACAAAAUGCACUAUCUCGUGGUGUUGAUGUGGUAGUGGGAACUCCAGGGCGUAUCAUUGACUUGAUCAAUAGUAAUAGCCUCAAGCUGGGGGAGGUUCAAUAUUUGGUCCUUGAUGAAGCAGACCAGAUGCUUGCUGUUGGAUUUGAGGAAGAUGUGGAAAUAAUAUUACAAAAGCUUCCAUCUGAGAGGCAGAGCAUGCUUUUCUCUGCAACAAUGCCUGGUUGGGUGAAGAAACUGGCAAGGAAAUAUUUGCAUAAUCCUUUGACAAUAGAUUUGGUUGGUGAUCAGGAUGAAAAACUAGCAGAAGGAAUCAAGCUUUAUGCAAUACCAACAACUGCAACCUCAAAGCGCACCAUUUUAACUGACCUUAUCACGGUAUAUGCAAAAGGUGGGAAGACUAUUGUUUUCACACAAACAAAACGGGAUGCCGAUGAGGUGUCAAUGGCCUUAACUAAUAGUGUUGCGUCAGAGGCACUACAUGGUGAUAUAUCUCAACAUCAGAGAGAGAGAACAUUGAAUGGGUUUCGACAGGGGAAAUUCACCGUGCUUGUUGCCACAGAUGUUGCAGCUCGUGGGCUUGACAUCCCCAAUGUUGAUUUGGUUAUUCAUUAUGAACUUCCCAAUGAUCCAGAAACUUUUGUACAUCGGUCUGGUCGAACAGGACGUGCGGGAAAGGAAGGAGCUGCUAUUCUUAUGUUUACUAGUAGCCAGAGGAGAACUGUCAGAUCUCUUGAGCGGGAUGUGGGAUGUAGGUUUGAGUUUAUUAGUCCACCAUCAAUUGGCGAGGUUUUGGAAUCUUCAGCUGCGCAAGUUGUUGCUACUCUUAAUGGGGUUCAUCCACAAUCUAUACAGUUCUUCGUCCCAACUGCACAACGGCUGAUUGAAGAACAAGGAACAGAUGCUCUUGCUGCUGCACUGGCACACUUAAGUGGUUUCUCCCAGCCCCCUUCAUCUAGGUCUCUUAUUAAUCAUGAACAGGGAUGGGUAACAUUGCAAUUAACACGUGAUCCUAAUUACUCUAGAGGAUAUCUAUCUGCCAGAUCUGUCACUGGUUUUCUUUCUGAUGUUUUUCCUGCUGCUGCUGAUGAAGUUGGAAAAAUAUACUUGGUUGCAGAUGAAAGGGUACAAGGAGCUGUUUUUGAUCUUCCAGAGGAAACUGCUAGUGAGCUGCUGAAUAAGCAGACACCUCCUGGGAACACCAUCACCAAGAUUACUAAGUUGCCAGCUUUGCAGGAUGAUGGUCCUCCUGGUGAUAACUAUGGAAGGUUUUCCAACAGAGAACGUGGCUCCCGAGGAGGUUCUAGGGAGCGUGGGGGAUUUAGAGGUUCACGGGGUUGGGGUAGUGGCCGAGAUUCUGAUGAUGAGGAUGGAUUUCGACGUGGUGGUUGGAGUUAUAAAACUGAUAAUAAUCGGUCUCGGAGGUCAAGAAGCAGUGGGGAUGAUUGGCUAAUUGGUAGUAAACGAUCAAAUCGAUCGUCAUCCUUUGGGAGUAGGGACAGAAGUUUUGGAGGGGCAUGUUUCAACUGUGGACGAUCUGGGCACAGGGCAUCAGAAUGCCCCAAUAAGCAAGAUUACUAAUGCUUUAUGUUGUCAAAUCAGCUCUACAAUAUGUUCUGGAACAUAGGGUAGCGAAAGAGAAAAACCGUAUAAAAAUGAAAGCUGAGCACUAGAUUCGGCAUGGUUCCAGGCUUCCAGCCCUUAAAAAAAGGAUUCUGCAUCGGGUCGUUGUCCUACAGCCACACAACAUCAAGAUUUCAUGAGUUAAUUCCCAUUAGAGGGUUAGAGCGUGUGGAAAGGAAUCUGUUGUAUUUUUUUUAAUAUCUAAAUGAUAUGUUCUGCUCAAUCUGGCAUUUGUGUUUCUACGAUUUCUCAUUUUUGAGGAUAGUCAGGACUGUAAAUGGUUUGAAACUAAAUUAUGUAGAUCAAAAACUGAUUCACUCAUUUUGAUUUGAAUCAAAUCCUAUCCAUCCGAUUUAUAUCGGAUCCAAAUCGAAUUUGGACAUUGAAUGCCAUUGAUGAA